AGGUUCCUAGAUAGAGCAAUAAUAACAUUACCAUAUGACAAUGAGGAGCAAAGAAUGGAGAUUAUCGAAAAUAUUGAUCAAACUAAAAAGGCCUUAUGUAAAAUCCCAUUUUGCAUGACCUUUUUCAUGUUAGGUGUUGUAUCUUCACUAGGAGAAACUUACUUUAUUGAACAAGCAAACACUAUGAACAACAUGGUUGGAAGAUAUAAAGUUCCUCUCGGUGUACUUCAACUAUGCUAUGAAUUUUCCCAAAUAAUCUUUCCCAUAAUUUAUUUGGUAAUUAUGAAAAAACUACUCAAUUUCGAUAGUGAAGGCAGAAAUGACAAUGAUGUGGCCUCUUCAAAAUAUGCUGGUUGUGUUGGAAUAGCAGUGUCGAUAAUUUUCGCAAUACUAUGUUGUUUUGCUGCUGCAAACAUUGAGAAGCGCAGAUUAGAUAAAGUUCCUUACAUGAAAAAUGAUGAUAUAAUUCCCAUGAGUAUGUUUUGGUUGGUUCCACAGUUCUUCCUUCUUGGGAGUUUUGAUGGGAUUUUAGAGAAAAGCAUUGACCUAGUCUUUAAUCAUCAAGCUCAUACUCUUUCAGAUCAUGUCAUGGGUAUUUUUUCUAUGGCCAUUAUCGGUUUUGGAAAAGUUAGUAGUGUCUUAUCGGCUCUUAUAGCUCAAAAGAUUACUGCAUGGGGAGAUAAUACUAGUUGGUUUGUGGAAAACUUAAACGACAGUCGUUUGGAUAAGUAUUAUUGGAUAUUGGCUGCGUUAUUGCACAUUAGAAUCAACAAGUACACCCAAUUAACCUCUCCUCAACCACUGUUGUUGCAUGUUGGAUUGAUUGUUGUUGAUUAUAUUGUUGCCCUCGAUGAAGCUGUUUUUUUCUUUUUUGAAGAGAAGUUGGCUUAUAUUUUUAAUAAUUCAAUUCCUCUCCAAGAAGGUGAGAAAGAUGAAUGUUCAAGUUCAAUACAAGACAGCUGA